AUGUUAUCUCGAUUUCAGCGGAGCACCCAAAGAAUUCCGGUUACAAUUCUUCGAACAUACAUUCGGAAAAUGGCAACUGACUCUGGCAUUUUAGAAACAGUGGAACUGCAGUUACCGCAAGGACGCAUACGCGGCGCCAAGCGCCAGGCAGUCUACGGUGAGACCUACUAUAGCUUUGAGGGCAUACCAUAUGCUAAGCCGCCAGUUGGCGAAUUACGUUUUCGUGCACCGCAGGCAUUUGGAAAUUGGACCGACAUAUUAGAUGGCACGCAAAGUCCGCCCAAACCGGUACAAAAGAACCAAAAAACCGGCGAAAUAGAAGGCAGCGAAGAUUGUCUUUAUCUGAAUGUCUUCACCAAGCAUAUAGAUGCUACCAAGCAGAUGCCGGUCAUGGUUUGGUUAUAUGGUGGCGGCUUUCAGACUGGUCGUGCUGCGCGCGAGCAUCACGGACCCGAUUAUCUGAUGCGUGAAGAUAUUGUAUUUGUUUCUUUAAAUUAUCGUCUUUGUUCGCUGGGUUUCCUUAGCUUGAAUGACCGCAGUCUUGAUGUUCCUGGCAACGCUGCCAUCAAGGAUCAACUGCUCGCGCUCAAGUGGAUCAAGAAAAACAUUUACUAUUUCAAUGGCAAUUGUAAUAAUAUUACCGUUUUCGGUGAGAGCGCCGGCGCUACAUGUGCACACAUUUUGUCCUUGAGUGAUCAGGCACGUGGCCUAUUUCAACAAGCGGUCAUAAUGUCCGGUUCAGCACUGAGCUACUGGGCUAACAUGCCAGAAAAUAUGGGCUAUCGACUAGCUGCGUAUCAUGGUUAUAAAGGCGAGGCCAAAGACAAGCCAGUAUUGGAGUUUUUGCAAAAUUUGGAUGCGAGCAAAUUGGUCGAUCAUUCGCUGCUUAGUGAGGAGGAAAAUCGAUCUUUCCACUGGCUAACGUUUACACCGACAGUUGAACCCUAUGAGUCGGAACAUUGCGUAUUGCCAACCGAGCCAAUUAAUCUGCUGAAGUCGGCUUGGGGAAAUGGCAUACCGUUCCUCAUGGGCGGCACAUCAUUUGAGGGUUUAAUAAUGUAUCAGCAUGUGAAAAAGUUCCCAAAAAUUGUAGAUCUCGUGAAAAAAGCGCCGGAAUUAUUGUUAUUAGCUGAGUUAAAAGAUAUUUACGAGAGCAAUCGCAUUCAAGAAUUGAGCACACGCAUACUAAAUCUCUACUUUGGUAAGGAGAAAGACGAAGUAAUUUCUAAACAGAAUAAACUAGAUCCCACCUUUGAUUUUUUACAUCUUUGUUCGCAUAAAAUGUUCUGGCACGGUGUGCAUCGCAUCGCGCUUGCGCGUACGAAGUAUGCCACAGCCAAUACUUACCUCUACCGAUUCGACUUCGAUUCACCUACAUUCAAUCAUCAUCGUUUACGUUUCUGUGGCGAUGAAUGUGUGAAGGGCGCUGCACAUGGCGAUGAUCUCUCGUAUCUAUUCUAUUUGAAGGAAUCCAAAAAACUGGAGAAGAAUACGCCUGAAUAUGCUACCAUACAACGCAUGAUCGGCAUAUGGACUACUUUCGCUAAAUUGGGAAAUCCGAAUUGUCCCGAGAUUGCGCCAAAUGUAUGGCUACCAAUUGAAAAAACAAAUCCUGACUUCGGUCUGAAUAUUAGUCAGACGCUGCAAGUAAUGCAAAUACCCGAAGCGCCGAAAAUGAAAGCUUGGGAUUCUUUGUAUGACAAACCUUUGCUUUAUGGGUCUGCCUCCGAUACUGAGACUGAGUCUGGAAAAGAUACUACAGUACUUACAGUCUACGAACACAAAUACCAGCAAAAUCGACACACAACCGGCGAAACGUCGAUCGUCGAAACUGAGUAUGGCAAAGUAGAAGGUGUUAAGCGAUUAACUAUUUACGACGUGCCAUACUACAGCUUCGAGGGUAUACCCUAUGCACAACCACCUGUGGGCGAGCUGCGCUUUAGAGCACCACAACGACCCAUACCAUGGGAGGGUGUGAGAGAUUGCAAAAGUACAAAAGAAAUGGCUGUGCAGGCACACGUCAUAACCGGCACAAUGGAAGGAUCCGAAGACUGUCUCUACCUCAAUGUGUAUACGAAUAAUACACAGCCCGAUAAGCCGCGGCCAGUCAUGAUUUGGAUACACGGCGGUGGACUCUGCACCGGUGAGGCUACACGUGAAUGGUAUGGACCUGAUUAUUUUAUGCAAAAAGAUAUUGUGCUCGUGACAAUACAAUACCGACUGGGUGUGUUGGGCUUUUUAUCGCUCAGCACGCCCGAAUGCAAUGUACCUGGCAACGCUGCCCUUAAAGAUCAAGUUCUGGCUAUAAAAUGGGUUAAAAAUAACUGCGCGAGCUUCGGUGGCAAUCCCGACUGCAUAACGGUUUUUGGUGAAAGCGCUGGCGCUAACUCCGCUCACUGCAUGAUGCUCACCGCACAGACACAAGGACUCUUUCACCGCGUGAUUUUAAUGUCGGGCACUGCCCUUCCUCUAUGGGAGACGGAAGGUCAAAAGUAUCGCGCUUUCAAUCUCGCGAAAUUAGCUGGCUAUAAGGGUGUUGAUAAUGACAAAAGUGUGCUUGAGUUUUUAAGAAAGUGUAAAGCAAAAGAUUUGAUGGCGCUUGAAGGUCGGACACUGUCGUCAGAAGAUCGUGCGCGCAAUAUAUCAACGCCUUUUGUCUACUGCGUGGAGCCAUACGCGACGCCGGAAUGUGUGAUACCGAAGCCAAUAAGGGAAAUGAUGAAGACUGCGUGGGGCAAUGCGAUACCGCUGCUGGUCGGCCAUACGUCAGACGAAGGGCUGAUCUUCAUGCAGGGAGCCAAGGCCUUAGCCACUGCUGCCCAAAGACAAAAAUGUUAUUCCCUCAAACCCUUUGUACCCUUCGAAGUAGCCGACAAUGAAGAGAGUGAGAAAUUCGAGCAAAAAUUGAGAACAGUGCAUGUGAGUGGUAAGACUCCUACUAUCGAUGAAUAUAAAAAUAUCAUUGCCUACUGGUGCCUGCACUUGCCGCUCUAUCGUCUCAUACUUUCACGCUUAUCGCAUGCCGCCGGUGCGCCACUUUUCCUAUACCGAUUCGACUUCGACUCCGAAGAGUUGCCGCAUCCUUAUCGUAUAUUGCGUAUGGGGCGUGGUGUGAAAGGCGUGGCACACGGUGAUGAGCUUUCGUAUAUCUUUUCAAAUCUUUUUUCACAACGCUUGCCAAAAGAGAGUCGUGAAUAUAAGACUAUUAACCGUAUGAUAAGCUUUUGGACACAAUUUGCGCGCAGUGGCAACCCGAAUGACGAGGAUAUACCUGUAACAACUAAAACACAAAACAGCGCCAGCAUGUCUUUCGAUAUACCGUUCGGCGAUCAGAUGCGCAUUGCAUUAAGCUAUGUGAAAUUCAAAACUAAUCAGAGGCGCAUGCGCACAAAUGAAAAGGUUGUGACCGACACAAUUUAUGGCAAAGUGAAGGGCGUCAAAUGGCAUUCGGUUUACGGUGGUUCUUAUUAUAGCUUUGAGGGCAUACCCUUUGCCAAGCCACCGAUUGGACGUUUGCGCUUUAGAGCGCCCGAAGAGCCCGAACCAUGGACGGAUGUACGUCGCUGUACGCGCGAGCACCUUAAGCCAUGUCAAUACAAUAUUAUACUGAAGCAAGUGCAAGGCCGUGAGGAUUGUCUCUAUUUGAAUGUGUUCACAAAAACGCUGCAUCCUCAGAAGCCGAUGCCGGUUUUGGUUUGGAUCUAUGGUGGGGGUUUUCAAAUGGGUGAAGCCUCGCGUGAUAUGUACAGUCCUGAUUACUUCAUGAUGGAGAAUGUUGUAGUCAUUACUAUCACAUACCGUUUGGGUCCAUUGGGCUUCCUCGUGCUGGAGGACCCUGAGUUGGAUGUGCCUGGCAAUGCUGGUCUCAAAGACCAAGUAAUGGCUUUACGAUGGGUUAAGCGCAAUUGCCAAUUCUUUGGAGGUGAUCCUGAGAACAUCACUGUAUUUGGCGAAAGCGCUGGUGCUGCCUCAACACACUACAUGAUGCUCACCGAACAAACUCGUGAUUUAUUUCACAAGUGUGUCUUAAUGUCUGGUACCGCACUGGCACCAUGGGCCAAUAUACCGCAAUACAAUUGGGCUUAUCGAUUGGCGAAAGCCACUGGCUACCGCGGCGAAAAUGACGAUCGGCAAGUUUUCGAACACUUGCAGCACUGCAAAGCGAGCAGUAUGGUGAAGGUGUGCGAAGAUCUGCUCACCAGUGAUGAGCGUCAUCAGAGGAUGAUGUUCAGUUUUGGGCCGACAGUAGAGCCAUACGAGAGCAAACAUUGUGUUAUACCGCGUCCGCCUUUGGAAAUGAUGCGUAGCGCUUGGGGCAAUGAUAUACCCUUGCUAAUUGGUGGCAAUAGUUCAGAGGGUUUGCUAAUGUUCACCGAGGCGCGAAAAUAUCCGGAACUAAUGCACAAAUUGAGUAAAGAUGCCACAUAUUUGGUGCCGGACGAUGCGAAUGUGAAUGUGGACCAGCGAAAGGGUUACGGUGAGAAGUUGUUGCGUCUACAUUGCGGUGACAAUGAACCUCGUUGGGAAACAGUAUUGCAGUAUGCCGAUAUCUUCUCUUACAAAUACUUCUGGCAUGGCAUCCAUCGUACGUUACUUUCACGGCUUCAUCACGCCAAUUCGCCUACUUACCUCUAUCGUUUCGAUUUCGAUUCGAAACACUUCAAUUUCAUGCGCAUCAUCACCUGUGGUCGCAACGUGCGCGGCACCUGUCAUGCUGACGAUCUCUCUUACUUAUUCUACAAUGCGGGUGCCAAGAAGCUGAAACAACGCAGUGCCGAAUUUCGCACCAUUCGCCGAUUGACCACAAUGCUAGUGCGUUUCGCCGAAUGCGGCAAUCCAAAUAUACCGAUGAAUGAAGGGCACGACCACAGCUACCAUUAUCGCCAUCACCAUCGGCAACCGGCACACCACGUGCAACCAGUUCAGGCCAAUAAUCAAAAUGGCAGUAGCAAUGCGCUUCAAAAUGUGCAACACAAGGCAAAUGGUGAUGGGUACGAACACCAUAGCCGAGAGCACAGUACGGACGGCAGUUUUGAUGAUAGCGUCAGCGACGGCAUCGAGCUGGCGCUGGAGGUGAAGGCGGCAUUGACGAAAAAUGAAACGCCACCACAAGAGACAUGGUUGCCAGUAUCACGCGACUCGCACAUAUUCAAAUGCUUGAAUAUCUCCGAUGAAUUGGAGGUGAUAGAUCUGCCCGAGGCAGAAAAGUUGCGUUUGUGGGACGAAAUGUACACAGAUAAAGCCCUACUCUAUUGAGUUCGUGCUUAUUUUGGGCACGUAAUUACGCUUUCCGGCUGCUGUGUGGUUUGGUUUGUUGCUUAGCCACUUAGUUUGACAGUUGAGAGAUUGGUUGUGAUGGGUUGGCUGCACGUGAUGUAACUGUAGACGUGGCGUAUUUAAAUGUGUUUGUUUCAUAGCAAGCCUUUGAAGAUAUUUCAAAAUAUACCCUUCAUAUGUGAUAUUAGGUGGAAAAUACAUUAUAUCAAAACUCUGUACAAUCAGUUUUAUUUAUUUCUACACUGCUAAGCAGUUCGAACUUUAUUUAUUUGUGUAACAAUUUCAUAUAUUAGCAUAUUUGUAUAUAAACACUAUUUAAAUAUAUAUAUAUAUUUAUUUUAUAUA